AUGAACUCGGCGCCGGUAGUCACCACGACCGACCUUCCUCUCAAGCUCAUCGCAAGAGGCAAGGUCAGGGAUGUCUACGAUGCUGAGAUCGCGGAGGGAGAUGAGCAUGCUGGGGCGCUGCUCUUUGUAGCCUCGGACAGGAUCAGCGCAUUCGACGUUAUCCUUGAGAACGGUAUCCCGGAGAAGGGCCACCUUCUCCACGCCCUCUCGACCUUCUGGUUUGACCUCCUCACCCCUUCCAUCCUUCCCUCGCACGUUCUGGCCACAUCAUUCGAUGCCUUCCCGGCAAGCCUCCGCAACAAGCUCGCAGCACAUCGCGCCGAGCUCGACGGACGCAGCAUGCUUGUGCGCCGUGCUCAAGUCCUGCCUAUUGAGGCAAUCGUGCGAGGACACAUUACCGGCAGCGGCUGGAAGGAGUACAAGAAGAGCGGCACGGUUCACGGGCUCAAGCUGCCCGCUGGCAUGCAGGAGAGUCAGGAGAUCCCAGACGGACCUAUCUUCACGCCGAGUACCAAGGCGGAUCAAGGGGAGCAUGACGAGAACAUUCAUCCGGAUCAGGCAAAGGACAUUUUGGGGCCUGAGCUCGCAAAGGCCGUCAGUGAGGCUGCAGUUGCGCUGUACUCCAAGGCGGCAAAACAUGCUGCGUCGAGAGGCAUCAUCUUGGCGGAUACCAAGUUCGAGUUCGGCCUCGUUCCUGCCACGGCCGAGCUGCCUGCCACGCCAGGCCUCGCAGGCGGCAAGCUCCCAACAUCAUCGGGCGGACAAUCGCUUGACGGUAUGACACUGAUCCUAGUCGACGAGGUCCUCACACCGGACUCGUCGCGUUUCUGGAGCAAGGACAGCUUCGCGGUGGGCAAAGGUCAAGCGAGCUUCGACAAGCAGUACGUGCGCGACUGGCUGAUUGAGCAAGGGCUGGAUCGCGUUGCUUACGAUGAGAGUCAGAAGGGGACAAAGAUCACAUUGCCGGAUGACGUAGCGAGGAAGACAAGCGAGAAGUACAGGGAAUGCUAUGAGAAGAUCACGGGAAAGGCUUGGAGGCAGUGA